AUGGGUUGGUUCGACAACGACAGUGAGCAGGCUCAGCACUACGAGCAGUUCAACAACUACGACGGCAGCGAGGAGCACAAGGCCAAGUUCAGCCAUGAGCUCAUUGCCGGUGCCGCCUCCUUCGAGGCCAUGAAGGCCUACAACGACCACUGUGAGAAGAACGGCCAGCCCCAGAGCCACGAGACCGCCAAGGAGCUCCUGGCCGGUUUCGCCGGUGCCUUCAUCGACCGCGAGUUCGAGUCCAAGGGUCUUGACUUCAUUGACAAGGAGAAGGCCAAGUACCACGCCCAGCAGCAGCUCGAGGAAGCCUCCCGUAGGGACUUCUACUAA